AUGGAAGUCCAACCUAUUCUUUUUUUUGCUGCUGAAGGGACUUCUGUUUGUUAAAAAAAAAGAUGUUCUAGAAUCCAAUAUGUUUCAGAGUGAAUUCGAAACUAACGUUAAAAAAUUGGAGAAAAGAGGAUAUGAAUUAUUGCAAGCGAGGGAUGAAAAAGGCCGAAAUGCCCUUUUCCACGCAGCAAUUACGGACAAUGUCAAAAAUUUUUUGUACAUCAUAAAGUGAGUUUAUAAUAUUUGCAAAACGGACAUUUCCUAUUGGUGUUCUUCAGUGCUAGUUUUCUUUUGCUUUUUUUACUUCAAAAAUCCAAUUGAACGAUGUAAAAAACGUUAAGAAAAACGAUAGAAAACAUCCGCUGAAUAACCAUAUUAAGGAAAAUAAAUAUUCGAUCUGAUGAUUUGUUGGCAAUUCGUGACAACAGUCAGGCCACUGUUCUUCACUGGGCUACACAAUAUUCUGCGGGGAAAGUGAGAUACUGUCAAUUUGCGGAAACUUAAGUAUUCUUUCAGGUUGUUAGAGAAAUUUUGGCAAUGUUUGAUAACAAAGCAGUAGGCAUUAUUAUUGAAAAAGACUUCGAAGCAGUUACACCAUUGCAUAUAGCAGCAACUAAGUUUGACACAAAAAUUCUUAGGGUUCUAUUUCAAAAUUCUGCAUAUACAGAAUUUCAUCGCUUUUUAGAUUUUUCUGGAUAACCUUAAGUAUCUUCCAAAUACCGAAGAAGUUGGAGUGAAGGCUCAGGAUAAACGGAAUCGUUCACCACUUCACUAUGCUGCAAGUUGUGCCAACAAAGAUGCGAUUCGUGUUAUUUUAGGUCAGCUCUUUUAUUUUAAACUAGUUAUGUCCAGAAUUACUCGAGAUUUUUAUUCUGUCUCUGCAAAACAUGAUUACGUGGAUGUGCAUAUUGCCUAGUUCUCGCAAACUUGAGGAAAAAAACAAAUAAAUUCCGAAGAUGCACUUUGCAGAUCCUAAUGGUCCAAACUUUGGCUUCACAGUCGAUCAGCGUGAUAAGAUUGGUAUAAUUCCGUUAAUGUGCGCUGUCGGAGUAAACUCACCACAUUGUAUUCAAGUGAUUCGCUAUUUGGAGAAGAAAAAACCAGUAUCCAAAACUCGGCAAAAUCGAGACGGAAUGACGGCUCUUCACAUUGCCGUGGCCGCUAGAAAUUUGGAUGCUGUGAAGCUACUGAUAGAGCUGGAAUGUUCUAUUGAUCUCGUUGACAACGAACAACGUACGCCAUUACAUUAUGCUGCCGAGCAUGGAUAUCCCGAGAUUGUAGAGUAUCUUUUGAGCGAAGGAGCAAGAAACUCAACCAGAGACCAUAUUGGAGCAACUCCCGCCCACUAUGCAGCUCAAUUUACGGUGGAAUGUCUUAAAAUCAUAUUCAAACAAAGCAGGAUCUCCGAGGUGAAGGACAAUGAACAGAGAAGUUGUUUGAUGUGGGCAGUAUGUGCUGGAAAUGUGGAUGUGAUAAACUAUUUGAUUCAAAGAGACGAUGCACCCGAUCGGAGAGCUAUUGACAAACAUGGCUAUACUGCUCUGCACUUGGCAGCAAUGGUGGGAAAUGAGAAGGUUUGCAAGAUUCUCAUAAAUCAGGUUAGUUUGGUAUGAUUAAAAAACUAAUAUAUUAGGUUUCAGGGUUGGUCAUUGUCUGAACGUGAUAACCACGGCAAUACAGCACUUCAUCUAGCUUCCGGAAGAGGUCAUACGGAUGUUUUACGUUGUUUGGUGGCCUCUGGAGCUCACAUGAGCGACGUUGACGAAGUGGGCCGAACUGCUGUUUUCUGGGCGUGUAUGGGUGGACAAUCGCACACAUUACAUUGUAUGAUCAAAGAAUUGAGUUUUGAGUGGAGAACUCCUGGAACGAAUGACACUAGGCCUAUAACCGAUAACUUCGGACGAACGGCUCUCCAUGCUGCUGCAAAUGCAGGUUUUUCUGCGUGCAUUAACGUCCUUUUGAAUGUAGGUUACUCUGAGUUUUUGUCGACGGUAUGUAACCCAUGUUUCAAGAUUGAGCAAGAGGACAAUUUUUUGACAUCACCGCUUGUUGGAUGCCGUGACAAAAAUGGGGAAACGGCUCUUCACGUUGCUUGUGCGGCUGGAAAGUUCGAUUGUGUUCUAUCAUUGCUCAAAGGAGGAAGUGCCAUUAAUGCAGUUGGAAAAACUGGAAACACUCCACUGGACUGUGCCAUGUCUUUUAUUCCAGUUAACCAAAUAAUAAUCGAUCAUCUUAUCAGUGAAGGGGCGUAUACGUACGACGGCUUGAAAGAAACUGCAUCCACAGUGAUUCAAAGAUUUUGGAGGUAGAGCUUAAUAUGACUUUCAUGAAGUUUUAAAGCGUUGUUGUAUUCAGGAGAAGAAUCCAACUUGAGAGACAAAAGCAUCUUCACCGGAAUGUCUACAUUUGUCAAAACUUGUAG